AAACAGCCGCACUCAGAAUCACACCUAGAGGCAAUUUAGAGUGUCCAAUUAAUGUUGAAUGUUUUGGGGAUGUGGGAGGAAACCGAAGUGCCCGGAGAAAACCCAUGCAGGCACCAGUAGAACAAGCAAACUAAUUAUCAAAGUCUAUAUCUUUUCAAGGUGGAAGAUAUGGCCAAGAGCUCAUCAAAACGGAAAAUUCACAAUCUCGGGAAAUUUGAGUACGUAUUGUUAAAAACAAAAAGAAGUCAAGACUUGCAAGGUUAUGACCAUUGGUUCUGACUCAAGAGAACCAAUCAGCAAAGCGAAGUUGAACACCGAACAAGGAAAUGACUUUGGAUGCAGUGCUGACGUCAAAUUGACGGGACUUGAGGAGCUACGUAAAAUGAGCGGUCGGCUUUUGAAGGAUUUCCCACAAUAAUUAGCCCGGUGGACGCCUAAACGCGCUGGAGUUUUACGAAAGCGAACAAAGUUAAUCCGGAUAUUGCCAUGGCGGAGGAGGCAAAUGCUUCGAAUGGCGAUGGAAAAAUCAGUCGUCUCAUCCGGAUUGGAACCCGUAAGAGUCAGUUGGCUCGCAUUCAGACUGACAGUGUUGCAGAAAAACUUAAAGAGCUGUACCCUGACAUCCUUUUGGAAAUUGUGGCCAUGUCAACAACUGGGGACAAAAUCCUUGACACAGCUUUGUCAAAAAUUGGGGAGAAGAGUUUGUUUACCAAAGAGUUGGAAACUGCUCUGGAGAAGAAUAUGGUGGAUCUGGUCGUCCAUUCACUCAAGGACCUUCCCACCACACUCCCUCCAGGAUUCACCGUUGCAGCUGUCCUUAAGAGAGAGAACCCACACGAUGCUGUGGUACUACAUCCGAAGAAUGUAGGGAAAACGUUGGCGAUGCUUCCAGAAAAAAGUGUGAUAGGCACCAGUUCACUGCGUCGUACUGCUCAGUUGAAGAGAAGAUUCCCCCACUUGGAGUUUAAAGAUAUUCGUGGAAACUUGAACACCAGACUGAAGAAACUGGACGAGAAGGAGGACUUUGCAGCCAUCAUCCUUGCUGCUGCAGGUUUAAGGAGAAUGGGUUGGGAAAACCGAAUCACCCAGAUUCUGGAACCUGAGGAUUGCAUGUAUGCUGUUGGACAGGGUGCUCUGGCCGUGGAGGUUCGAGCCAAAGAUACUGAUAUCCUCGAGAUGUUGUCUGUGCUAAAUGACACCGACACUGUACUGCGCUGCCUAGCCGAGAGAGCCUUCCUCAGGCACCUGGAGGGAGGGUGCAGUGUUCCCGUGGCUGUGCAUACAGAGGUCAAAGACUCUCAGCUUUAUUUGACAGGUGCCGUGUACAGCCUGGAUGGUUCGGAUUUGCUGAAGAACACCAUGCAGACUAGCAUCGCCACAAGUGAUAAGUGCCAGCAGGAGGUGGACGAGCAAGUACAGCGCGUGGGCAUCACAGCCAUCAAGAUCUGCAGCGGCGCUCAGGACAAUGCUGAGCGUCUGGGAAUGGAGCUGGCCAACUUGCUCCUGAGCAAAGGAGCCAAGGAGAUUCUGACCGUGGCCAGACAGCUCAAUGAUGCCAGAUAAUGGCCGCUUGAGGGCCAUGCAGUGCCGUUUGGCUCAGCGUGGUGCAAUGCAGUUAGGUUGUUCGGCGGUUUUUGUUGUGAUGACCUCACAGAGACCAUUUGUCACUAAAAGAGUGUUUUUGGAAUGGCCAUGAAGCGGAACCAAACUAUCUUGUUUGCAAGAAUACGUGACAUUUCCCCCCACGAGUUUAAAUAUGGUAUUCCAAUUACUAUUGCUUGUUUUAUUGGUUAAUAUUGAGAAUAUAAAUGAAACCCAUUAAGUCAUCAGUUUUCAUCCUUCUCAGAAGGCUGCCAUUUUGGCAGUAUCACCGUCUGCUGUCAACGAAAAUUGACAUUCACAACAGCGCCCAUACUUGCCUCGAGAAUGUCAUGUGAACAAGCCCGGGAAACAGGUACCAGACUUUCCAUUUAGGCUGUGAAAACUAGCAUAACUACAAGUAGAUAACAUGAUGAUCUGAGUGUUGAGCACAUCUGCCUCACAGGUCUGAAGAUUUGGGUUCUAGUCCCAGUCUGGCCUAUGUGGCGUUUGCCUGUCCUCGCCAUACACACACAAAAAAAAACAACCCAUGAAUGGCAGGUUGCGAAUUGUUGUCUAUUUGUGCCCUACUUAGGGGGUACUCCCUCACCCCCGAAAUCCGCUGAGAUAGGCUCCAGCGCACCCGCAACUCUUGUGAGGCUAUGUAGUUCAGAAGAUGGAUGGUUUUAAAUGUAAUCGUCAUACAUCAAAAUAGCCGUCUUCAAAAGCUUCUCCAAACCUGCACCGUUAAAUUGAUAAAUAUUUGAAGGCUUGGAGUUUUACUGACCCCGUUUUGUAGGUUUGAGUGAUUUUUGCUUCGGUUUGAUGUUCUAGCUGUGAGUAUUUAUGAACUUGAGACUCAUUUCACCUGUAAAAUUUUCAAAACUGAAUGAAAAUACAACAACGUACAUCCUUGCAAGACGCUGUACUCAACAGCAUAAAUUUUGCAAUGCAAAAUGAAAUAUUUUGCAUUUACCUUCUGUUGCUACUUCUUGUCUGACUGCAGUCUUUUCCCAAGGUCUUAAACCACCUGCAACACCCCAACAGAGUCCCUAAUUUUGAGCACUCAUCAUCAGAAUUUGGUCAUGUUGGAUCUGGAUCAGACUGAUCUAAUCCAACUUUGCUUUGAGCAGCUACGAUGAAAGAUGUAUUCCAUGAGCAAAAACAGGAAUUUCAAAAUCUGGAAAAUUUUUAGCCAAACUGCACAUUGUGGCCUGGGAGUUUUGCUACAUUGCCUAAUUGUUCUACAAAAGCCAAUUGAUGAAAAGACAAUUUAAUUAAGUUUAGGUUUUAUUGUGUGGUGAACACUACCAAUUAUAUUAUUACCUGCUAUGGAAGGCGUACCAGUUUUGGAGUCCUGUCCUAAAGGGCUCAAUAUUUGGGUUGCCUUCGGCUCUUUUCUAAUUUUUCUGAAUGUGCUGUAUGAAUUGAUACACACCAUCCACCUUAAAGUUCUUCAUUCUGCCUUUUAUAGACACACAAAGUUUGAAAAUACCAUGUGUUUUGUUUUACAGGCUGUUUGGUUUUACCCCUUGAGUUAGUUGUUACUUUUUUCAGCUUUAAAUGUUAACUUUUGUUUUGUACAAUGUCACAGUACUCAUUAAUAGGCUAUUCAGAAAAUGUUCCCUCAAGUAUCUUUUUGUUUGGUUUACCCUUUGUGAACAUGGCAUCUAUUGAAAUCAUUGAAAUAAAAUUAUA